CCGGGGGUCCGGUGGGGGCGAGGCGCAGGAGCUAGGCGGGAUCUCAGACGGCACCUACCAAGAGUUGUAUUGCCGGCUGGUGACCUCCGCAUUUUCCAUGUUGAAGCCACGUUGCCCACUGCCCCAACAUGUCCCCUGCUGGCCCUGCAUUGCCGAGACUCCGAGUCCUGCGGGCGCUGUGGGCACUGCUGGUGGUGCUAUUGGCACCAUGGAGGCUGUGGGCGAUAAAGGAUACCCUGGAGUGCACCUGGCAGGUUGUCCUGAACAACUUUGAAACAGUAGGCAAGAACCACGCGAGCGAUCGUUUCUUCAAUCAAGAGCCCCUGGACACAGUGGACGAAGUGUUCAGCCUGCUGGUGGAUGCACCCAUCGACCCGGACGAGAGAUACCUGGGCUUUCCUUACUUCCUGAAGAUCAACUACUCCUGCAGAGGAGAGUCAUCUGAGGCCCUGGUCCGCAAAGGCCACCUGACGGGGCUGAAGCCCGUGGUGCUGGUCACCUUCCAGUCCCCAGUCAACUUCCAUCACUGGAAGAUAGAGCAGCUGCAGAUCCAGAUGGAGGCAGCCCCCUUCCGCAGCAGAGAGUGGUGUAACGCUGAGGAGCUGUGCAUCAUGAGCUGGUACAUGCCCAUGCCCAUCAAGAAUGGCAGCGUGGUCAUGCGUGUGGACGUCAGCAGCAAUGGCCUGGGGCCCUUCAUCCCCAAUAAAAGGUUUCAGGUGAACAUCAACGGCUUCCUGGAGAGACAGCGAGACAACAGCCUCCAGUUCACUGUGGGAAAUGAGCUCUUCGAUCUGAUACCCCGGUACUUCGUGAACGUCCCGUCGAGGCCCCUGUGGUACACGGUGGACCAGGCCCCUGUGCUCAUCCUGGGCGGCAUCCCUGAGGAGAAGGCCAUCCUGCUGACCGACACGAACUUCGAGGACUUCUUUCUUGUGGAGCUGAGCAUUGACAGCUGCUGGGUAGGCUCCUUCUACUGUCCCCAGGCCAACUUCACCGCCACCAUCUAUGAUGCCAUCGCCACCGAGAGCACCCUCUUCAUUCGGCAGAACCAGCUCAUCUACUAUUUUACCGGCACCUAUACCACACUCCAUGAGACCAGCCAUGGCAGCGGUAGAUGGGUUCGUAUCUUGGCCAACGAGUGCGUCAAGAAAUUAUGCCCCGUGCAUUUCCAUAGCAACGGCUCUGAGUACGUCAUGGCCCUCACCACGGGCAAGCACGAAGGUUACGUCCACUUUGGAACCAUCACAGAUGGCCGUGUGUCCUUCGAGUUGCUACCCAGGCAGCAGUCCGUGUGCAAUGGGAUACGAGUGGUCAACUGCUCCAUAACCUGGGCCGUGUUCAUUGCUGGUGACUACGAUCUACUGCUGCUGGUGGAGAUUGAAGAGCCCGCCUCCAGGAAGUAUUUCCUGGUGGUCAGCUACAACCUGGUCAGUGAUUACCUGGUCAUCCUCUACACCAUCCCGGAAUUCAUCCCUGACGCUCGAGGCCUGGAGUUCCUGAUGAUCCUAGGGACAGAAUCUUACACCAACGUCCCGAUGGUUCCCAAAGGCAUGUCCUACAACGAGUAUAACAACCUGCUGUUCAUCUGGGGCAACUUCCUCCUGCAGAGCUAUAACAAAGAAAACUACAUCUACCUGGGUGACUUCCCCAAGGAGCUGUCUAUCAAGUACCUGGUCAACUCAUUCCAUGGGGACAUAGCUAUCGUCACAGAGACCGAGGAGAUCUGGUACCUCCUGGAGGGCAGCUACCAGGUAUACAAGCUAUUCCCGUCCAAGGGCUGGGAGCUGUACCUUAGCCUUCGGCUGAUGCAGCAGUCCUCUCUCUACGCCCCCAAUGAGACCAUGAUCACCCUCUUCUACGAUGACAGCAAACUCUACCAGCUAGUGUACCUUAUCGACAAGCAGCAGGGCAGGCUUGUCAAGAGGCUUGUGCCUGUGGAGCAGCUCCUGAUGUACCAGCAGCUCGGCAACCACUACCUCUUGGAGCAGCAAGGGAGCCACCUGACGCUCUCCUUCGCCAACUUCUGCCCCUUCACCGUGAUGCGCCUGCUGGACCUGCCCAACCCGCAGAUCUACACGCGCCAGGAGCGUUACAGGGCGCAGCCGCCGCGCAUCUUGGAGCCCUCAGGCUUCCACAACAAUAACUCGCUCGCUGUCUAUCAGGGCCUCGUCUACUACCUGCUCUGGCUGCACUCCAUGUACGACAAGCCCUACGCGGACCCGGUGCACGACCCCACCUGGCGCUGGUGGAAGAACAAGAAGCAGGACCAGGAUUACUACUUUUACCUGGCCAGCAACUGGCAGAGCGCAGGCAAUGUGCACAUUGACAUGGCCAGCUACGAAAAGAUCUACGACCUCAAGGCGGAGAACGAGCUGCCAGAGCGCAUCUUCCUGGACAAGGGCACCAUCUACAGUUUCUCUGUCUUCCUGACCGCCAGGGGGCACUCGUUCGACUUGGAGGCGCAGAGCAGCGCUUCGUCUCAGCCGGGGAGUCAGGUGGGCCUGGCUGUGGUGCUGGCCGACCCCGCCUGCAUCGAGGCGGUGGUGAAGCAAAAGGACCUUAUUAAUCGUAACUCGGUGCUUUUCUGGGUUACGCUCAGUGAUAAAAGGACUUGCUUCGACCAGGGCAUUAGCGGACAUCACCUCAUGAAGACCUCCAUGCUCAUCAAGGUGGUGGGCUCUUCCGGGCACUGCUUCCAGAACACGCACCAGGGGCCUCGCAUGCAAGUACCAUCCCUGGCCUUGCUCAGUAGGUUAAGGAUCUGGUGUUGCCACAAGCUGCAGCAAAAGUCACAGUCACAGGUGCGGCUGAGAUCCAGUGUUGCCUUGGUUGUAGUUUAUGCCUGCAGCUGCAGCUCCAAUUCAACCCCUAGCCACGGAACUUUCAUGUCACAGGGCAACCUGAUGGUGCCAUUGCUUAUCGGCUGCCCCCCAGGCAAGCGCCUGGCCUUUGACAUCACCUACACACUGGAGUACAACCGCCUGCAGAACAAACAUUACUUCGACUGCGUGCACGUCGACCCUGAGAUGCCAUGUUUCCUCUUCCGUGACAUCUUCUACCCGUUCUUCUUGAUCCAAGAUUUGGUGACGGGAGAUUCGGGCAGUUUUCAGGGCAGCUACGUGCUGAAGGUGGUGGGCGGUGGGCCCACCCUGGACACCAUCAAGGACUACAGCGAGGAGGAUAUCUACCGCUUCAACAGCCCCCUGGACAAGACUGGCAGCCUCAUCUGGACCACGAGGAACUCAACGACCACCGAGGACUCGGCCUUCAACAUCAUGUCCCACCACAGCUUAGGCAUCGAGUGGCUGUGUCUGGAGAACUCCCCAUGCCAUGACACCAUUCCCCACAGCAUCUUCGCCCCCGAAUUCUUUUUCAAGGUGUUGGUGAGCAAUAGAGGGGUGGACAAGAGCACAUACUGCGACUAUCAGCUCACCUUCCUGCUGCACAUCCACGGGCUGCCCCUCAGUGCCAAGCGGGCCUUCUUAAUCCUCAUGGUGUCAACCAGCGUGUUUGUGGGCCUGGUGAGCCUCUACAUCAUCUUCUGCCUCCUGUUGCCUUUCAUGGUGAAGACCUGCAACUUCUUUCGCUGGAAGAUCAACAACAUUAUGGCCUCGGAAUCCUCCUACAUCUACAGCAUCCCGUCCAACACCAGGGCCUUCAACAAAACAUCCUUAACCAAAUCUGGGAGUAGCUUCAGAGGCAGCUCCGACAUCCUCUCCAAGAGGGUGGCCGAGAGCAAGGCUGAAGCCGAGGAAACCACAGGGAAGUCGCAGACCUGAGCCUCCCACCCGACCCCAACGCCACCCUCAUUUCCUGGGCCCUAUUGCACAUGCAACCUGUCAGUCAUCCCAGGCGGGUUUUCCUGUUUUACUUGAAUUCUCACUUCUCAUUUCAGCACCGGCUGUGGGUCCUUUGUAAGGACUCAUAUUCAGUUCAUUUGUACCACCCAGCCACAUAGGUUAUUAAAAUAUCAAAAUCCGGA